UCUGCGGAAGUGGAGUCCCUUUUUGGUUGCUAUGAGAGUGAAUCAGCAUCAUGGAUGGUUCAGUGUCUAAUGUGGAGAUCUGUAACCUGGCCUACACAGGGGAGCUGGAGCAGCUUAAGACGCUUGUCCUGUCAAAUAAGAGUUUGGCUACCAUAACUGACCAAGAUAAUAGGACAGUGUUGCAUUGGUCAUGUUCAGCCGGGCACAAAGACAUUGUAGACUUUCUGUUAAGUCUCGGAGUACCUGUAGAUCCUAAAGAUGAUGUUGGCUGGACACCCCUGCACAUCGCUGCAUCGGCAGGUCGAGAGGAAAUCGUAAAAGUGCUGAUUGGCAAAGGAGCACAAGUCAAUGCUAUCAAUCAGAAUGGUUGCUCGCCACUGCAUUAUGCUGCAUCUCGAAACCGUUAUGAGAUUGCUUGCAUGUUAUUAGAGAAUGGAGCAGACCCCAACAUUACAGACAAUAUCCAUUCCACUCCUUUGCAUAGAGCUUCAGCCAAAGGAAAUUUCCGCCUUGUACAGCUGUUGCUGAAGCAUAAUGCCUCUACAAACCUCCAAGAUAUGGAGGGAAAUACACCACUGCAUUUGGCGUGUGAUGAAGAACGGGCUGAGGAAGCCAGGCUUCUGGUGGAAAAUGGAGCAAGCAUUUACAUCGAAAACAAGGAGGAAAAGACACCCUUGCAAAUGGCUAAAGGUGGCCUUGGCUUACAGCUGAGGAGAAUAAUAGAGGGUUGAAAAUGAACAUUGAUUUAUGAUGCCAGCCUAAACUGUGUUUUUUUGCCUCAAAAGAUGGAAUAUGAGCGAGGUGGGGAAGCUGGAUUGAGUGCUUGUAUUGGUUGUGUACUACACACUAUCUCUCCAAAUAUGUACAUAACACAUGUUGUAUUACCUGCAACUCUCAAAGUACAUAGACUUGUCCAUGAAGGAAAGUCCCUUUCCCAUGGUCUCAUUCAUGUAAUAUACUUUGAUCUUAACAGCUCUGCCAAUAUGAAGCAGGACGUGUACCAUCGAGUGACUUGUCAUUGAUCACAGAACAAAUUCGCUUUCCACUUUCGGUGCAGUGUCAAAACUAUUCAUUGAUCGAGAACAUCCAAAGACAACAGCAGUAGUCACUGUAAACAGAUGGUUUGGGUUUAGUUGUGAAAAAUGUCAUUGGAAAACGAGAGAUGUGAAAAUAUAAAAACAGAAAUGUGAUCAGUAAUGCUAAUGAAUCUCAGUCAUAGGAUAUAUGGUCUAAAAUGUUAUAAUUAGUGACUAAAAUUUCUAAGGAUUGCCAUUGAGUGAUGAGCAUUCCAAUUAAAAUUAUUUGUGAAUCAUUUUUCCAUGGUCUCUGUUCUACUUUCCACACUAAAUUUGCUGCUCAGAACUUUAUCGGUUUGUUUUGUACUUAUUCUCUUCGUCUCAUCCUCUUCAACCCCCUGUCCAUCACUGCCAUGUGCCUAACAUUUUGAAAUGUCACUGUCUCUUUUAUGUAUCAGCGUUAAUCCUAUUGCUCAUUAAGGAGUAAUAAUCCAUACUCCAUAUUGUUACGAAUCAUUCAGGAAGAUAUUAUGUUGAUUAAUUCUACAAAUGAAUGCUUACAAUUAGCAGAAUUCUAAGCAGAUGGACUAGUGGUCUUGUCCUCAUUUGGGUACAGUCAUUAAGUGAUUUGUGGCUGUCUUCAUUUCGGGCUGAUAUCCUCUCUGAUUGCUUAGGCAAACUGGGACAGUAAAUGAUUAAUCCACAUAUGGUAGUAAAUUUACUAACCUCUUAUUUUCAUCUUGCUGAGCUCAUCAAACAUACUGUUUAGUGCAAUCGUAGAUUGUCCUGUUUUCUUGUGGAAUCUCUUAUAGUGGAAUUUGAAGAACUGUCUUGUUUUUGCUUUCUAAGGAUGUCUAUUGCAUUAACAUUCUUUUUGAUUUUACAACUAGAAAUCUGCACUGCAAUACUUUGCAAUAGAAACCAAUGUUAAAACAAACAAUAAGGUUAAAACAAACACAUUGUCAGAAAAAGAAGCAUCCAUGGAGUCACACAGUUAAAGUUUUGAGUCUGGUAUGACACAACUUCAGAACUGAAAGAUGUUGGAAAAUAGCUUAUUUUUAUAAUGUUGACAGGCAGAGGAAGAGCAAGCGUGCACAAAAGGUAUAAAUUAAAGUGUGAAAGGUCUUGGAUCAUGAAGUCCUUGCAGUAGAUUCAGUAUUGGGCUUGGAUUAAUAAGGAGCGUACUCACCACCUGAGUCAGAAGGCUAACUAUUCAAGUCCCACUCGAGACCUGGGCACGAAAUGUGAGCUGACACUCCAGUCCUGUAGUAGUGCUGCAUUAUCAGAUGUACCAUCCUCCACUGAGAUAUUAACCUGAGAUCCAUUUAAUUUAUACCAUUUUAAUAUCUUUUUCUUUUAUCUCUAGCGUUAACUAAUCCUUUGUCAUUUGUUUUGGGCAUGUAUACUAUUGCCAUCUUACUCCUGUACCUCUAUCAAAGAUAAUCUAUUUUCUAACACCUUUCAGUUUUGAAGAAGUGUCCAGAUUUGAAAUAUUUACUGUUUCUCUCUCCAUGGAUGAUAGAUUUCCAGCAGCUGCAGCAAAGGGUUGUACAUUUGCUGAGCUAAUUUUACUAAUUCCGUUCUGGUUGAGCAAAAGGAGGUUAUUGAUGGAUCAGUUUGUGUUAAUCAGUUGAAAUAAUAACAAAGGACCAGAGAUACUUGGUAGUCUGGCAGUACUGUGUAGCAGCAAGAUGAAAUUUCGUGGUAAGUGCUCCCUUUCUUCAAACUACUUCAGUGAUAUGUCUCUGUGAUAUGUCUCUGUGUCUGUUGGUUCUGGAUCCUACAAUAAAGGUGUGUACAGUCA